AUGGGUUUACCCAGGGGCUCGGUGGUGCCAAGACCGGAGCCAGCAGCCGAGCCAGCUGUGUCGGCACCUGAAUUUGAUUCUGCGGGGACAUCCUGCAUCAUUGCUGCUGCCAAUAAAAGGCGGAGAAAGCCUUCGGACAAAGGGCAGAAAUCGAAGAAAAGGGAAGAAGCCUCCGUUCCGCCAUUUCCUUCAGCCGGGAAAGGACCUUCAGCUCUGGCUCUGCACACAGGUGAUGAUUCAUCGGAGGAGACUCCCCUGCAAAGGACUGGAAGAUCCGGGCUCGACUUGACUGCUGAGGCCGAACAAAGAGCUGAGCCGGUCCCUGAGACCGAGGCUCCACUUGAUACCAGCUCACUACCCGCUGGGGAUCCAGCUACAACAUCCGAGGCACCUGCUCCUACCGAGGCUGUUGGUGCUGUUCUGGCUUCCACAAGUCCAGCUUCGAGGUCGGAUAACUUUGAUGAUAUGUUCUCGGAUACUCCUCCUGCAACCGGGGAAUCUGCCGGUUUCGGACACCUCCUGAUCCCUCGAGUCACGAGGGCAGCUAGCCGAGCCACCGAUACUGGUUCAAGAGAUAGCCUGGAGGAUCAAUUGAACCGAGCAGCUGCCCUUUCCAACCUUCAACCCGAGCUCGAAGUAGCGAAGGCCGAAAAUCUUCAGUUAAAGGAUGAGUUGGCCAGAAUGGUCAAAAAGAACCGGCUCCUGGAAGCGGACAAGGUCGGCUUUAGCCAAGAUAAUGCUCGUUUUUCUUCGAGGCUUGGUGAACUCGAGGCCACUAUCUCUCAACUUCGGAGAGAGCUUGAAUCGGUCAAGACUGAUGCCGUGAACAUGGUCGAGAGGCAUCGACUGUUUGAAUCCGAGAAUGCUGAGUACAAGGACAAGUUGAGGGUAUUCGUACAGAAAGCCGAGGAUAGGGCCCGGAUACGCGACGAGCUCAAAACCAAAUUCGAGGAGACAGCUGAGGCCAAUGACCUCCUGAAGGCCGAGCUCGAGUCAGUUACUCAAGUUCAAAGAAUCCUCGAUGUCAAGAGAUCCGAAUUGGUGGACAAAUUGGCCCAGGCUGAGGCCGACUUGGCAGAAGCCCUUAAGAAUGCGGAGGCUGCCGAGGCUCAUACCACGAUUGCGGUAGAGUAUGAGCAGUGGAAGUCCCGGAGGGCCACCCUCGAGCAUGCUCAACAAGGUUUUGGGGACCUCCUGGCCCUGAUACUUGAAGCCAAAAAGACCGAGGAAGAAGCUAAGAGAGCCCUCGAUACCGAUUUCGAGGAUUCUGAGCGGAUAGUAUCCGAGCGUUCCGGUUCUAGCUGUACUGGAUAG